GGCUGCUUUGCUAGCACCGGCAAAAGAAACAAAGGUUGCGAAGAAUUUGGAGCCCCAGAGGCCUGGUCGACCACAGAACAAAACGGAGACCGAAACCGGGGAAGAGACAAUUUCAUCCUCAACAGAUCAGCUUGAUGGCAGCAGCAACAAAAGCAUCGCUCUCAGACUUGGCCGGUGUGCAUUUGCAGCCUUGCAUUCGAAGAAUCCUGCCAUUGCCUACACGGCCGAAAUUUCACGGCUACAACUAGGUGGUUGCGAUGUUGGGCACAAGUACCAUGAUGCCAACACAUUGGAAGCUCUGUCAUUUGCAUCUGUGAAGCUGUGCCGUGAAGCCUUGCGUCAGUCCAUGCGACAGCCGCCCUUGAACUUGUCGCGUUUUGGACUUCGUUCUUGCUUUUCUGCCUCUCUGGAUGGUGUGACUCUCCCAAAUGGGCACACAGUUUUGCCCACCGUGGUGCACUUCACGGAUGCCAAGGGUCAACUUCAGUGGGCUAUGGCUGGAUCUGAAAUUCAUGGGGUGGAUUAUUCUGGCAGGAGCACAGCCAAAUUGUUUUUGAAAAGUUUGGCUUUCUUGGCCCCUUCAGAAAAAUCACCAGAGUGGAGCCAAUUUUGGGACCAUUUGAUAUGUGUUUGCGGUGAUGGAGCCAUGGUUGGAAACACCGGCAUCUCAGUGGAUUUGCACAUCGCAGAAGUUCUGAAGCUCCAAUACCGAAGUGGCAUGCAAGACGCUUUCCAUGAGUUUGAUUUGGUGGGACGGCCACUGAUGACGGAGCUGCUGGAAGUACCUCUUCUGCCUGUCCUUGCUCCACAUGCGCCACUAUUAGACCCGGCGGUCCCCAAGCCAGAGCACGCAUAUCUGCCUUUGCCAGCAUGGUUCCGGAGUAUGGCCCAAGACUGCCCACGACUGCCAGCACAAGCUUGGGGAUUUGGCGCUGGCAUGAACGAAGGGUUGCUGGAGCAAAGGGGCAUGAAAAGAGGUGCCGACACUGAGGAAUCAGCUGCUGGGCCCAGCAAGCGGCGGCGGCAAGCAUCUUCUUCGAGCUCCUCAACGUCUUCAAGUGACAGUGAGGAUGACGAAGCCUUUGGGCAAUCCAUAGCUGGCUGGCUUAAACUACAAAAAAGGUUUCGUCGGCUACUUGCUUAUGGGCAAGGAAAGGAGUUGCUUCGCAGAGUGGCUGUGGCAGCUGGUCGUCGGAGAGAUGUGGCCAUCCAGGCCCCAGCCCGCACCCGUUUCCUUGUGUACAACAAUGGUGUCUUGCAGCAGAGCUUGAAAGAUUUCCAGCUUCGCAUCUCAGGCUUGAUUGAAAUGCAGAAAGAAUUCCAGCGCCGGGUCAGUGCCGCGCAAAGGCAUGCUGCAACUCGUCAAUCCGCACCGGAGCCACCAAUCAGCAUGAAUGCGCCCUUGGGUGUUUUAGCUCGGGGCUCAGGCCCUAAGCCACGCAAAGAGAAACAAAAAAGCAAUGCAAAGGUAGCCCGACUUCAAAGCCAACAAGCAAAGCGAAAUGAGGUGCUGGCAAACCUAGCUAGGCAUGCUACAGACAGCGAGAGCCUAUUUCACGUUUUGAUGUUCGUGGACGUCAUGCAGCCGUUUUUCAAAGGAGCUUUGCUUGUCCAGCGCUCCGAUGCAGUUUUCUUUGAAGUGCAACGGGGCAUCUUGGAAGUGCACGACACCUUGCUGGAGGCCACAUCCCCAAGCACUUGGUCAGUCACCACGGCAGCUACGAGGUAG